AUGGAAUCCUCUGUAUCUGGGGAUCUCUUGAAGAAACGAGAAUAUUACAGGGCUCAAAUUGCAACCGCGCUUGAAGAAGAUCCUGACCCUCUGGCUGCUUAUGAUGGUUUCGUAAGGUGGACUUUAGAGAAUUAUGGAAAAGAUGAACUCGCUCAAUCAGGUUUACUGGAGCUCCUCGAAGAAUCUACACGAAAGUUUAAAGAUGAUGCAGCGUACAAGGGUGAUCUUAGGUAUCUCAAGCUUUGGCUGUUGUAUGCCAGUCAUAUCGAAGAUCCUACUGUUAUUUAUGCUUUCCUCUUGGAGAAUAAUAUUGGCGCAGUGUAUGCCCAACUAUACUGGGAAUAUGCGGCAGCGCUUGAACGGAGCAGGCGCCGCUCAGAGGCUGAGGCUAUCUACAAGCAGGGCAUCCGCCGUCGCGCACGUCCUCUAGAUCCACUUACGCGACGCUAUGAAGAUUUCAAGAACCGUUCUGAGUCUACGACUCCUCCCCAGGUGAACUCCAACGCGUCAAUCUGGGCAGCUGCCUCGCUUGACACCCAGGCUCUUCGACGCAAUCCGCUGAAGAACUACACUCAGAUCAGUUCUUACUCUGAGUCCCAUGUGCAGCUUGAUAGCACAUCAGGCCAGAAUCAUGAUCGGUACGCUCUCAUGCUUGCGCCGCCUCUGCCUGGUAAACGCCGCGAGGAGCUACGUUUUCGGAUGCAGUUGUUGUUCACCGAGGAUCGAAUAGAAUACAGCAUGCAAGAAGCUCGUGCGCGUUCUAUGGGGCUGCUUGGGAAGAAAUGGGGGCCUCCGCCUCCAUCUGAUGCAACACAGGUCGAGUCAAAGCGUGGACAAGGGGCUCGCGGAACGCGCAACUUUACUGGGAGAAAGGGUUUCGCCGAACCUACCGUUACUCUCGCGACGAAAGAGGCAUUGGCCGAUGUCUUUGGCAUGUACAACUCUCCAGAGAAAUCUAUGCGUUUUGGUGCAGUUGUUGGUAGCAAGCAUGCACCAGUGCGAAAAAUUGAACCAAUUGCACCUCUCUCGUUACAUGGCCAGCUACGGGCGGUCAGCAAUGAGAAUGCGCCGCGACCCGCGAAGACACCCAGGGACGAAGAUAAGCCCGUUGUAUCAUCGAAGACACCGAUUCAACCCUUCGUGGAUGAGAGUGUAAAGCGAAAAGAAAACAGCACGCCUGCACCUCCCAAGUUCAAACCUUUCGUCGAUGCGGAGCAAUCGACUAAAUUGCCAACAUUUACGCCCAAUCUUGGACGGCGAGCCUUGUCAGUCAAGGAGACUACAACGCCAGCCCCGACUCUGAGACCCUCAGCGGACGAAAAUGCACUUACGGUCAAACGCAAUAAUGCACUCAAGCCUCUGUCAGACGAGACGAAACCUCCACCUGUAUUCUUCACACCUCUUGCUACAGCGCCCAAAGACAGACCGCAAGCGCGAUAUGAUGUCUUCACGGACGAGAAUGAAAAGCAGAAAAGCACUGGCGUCUCUCCAGUUGAGAAUAUCAGCGUGUUCACUCCUUAUAAGGACUCUAAACCUCCCGUCAAGGUGUUCAGUAGACCUCCUACCCGGAGCGGGAAUGCAUCUUCGUCGGCCGCGCAGGCAGGAACGUUUCAACCUUAUGUGGAUGAGGACAGCGAGCCACAGCCCGCUUCUCGUACUGUGCUCGGCGACCGGACACCCUUCCGUGCAGUCCCGCAGCCUGUAUCAGAGCCCCUAGAGGAACUCCAAGAGGAGUACGAGGAGUCCUACAUCGAAGACGAGGAGCCAUACGAAGUUGUGCACUAUGAUGAUACUUCAGGAACUUCUCAAAGCGAAGAUGAUAGCCUGUUCGACGAUGAGAAUGGGGAUGAUGGCUAUCACGCCCCUCUAGGAGGCCGCUUUGGUCAAUUCAAUGUCAUGACACCCAUCACGGAACGGACAUUGGAGUACACCGCCAGUAUGAGAGGGUCAACCACACCCAGGGAUGUCCUGGACGGGAUCGCCGUCUAUCGAGACCCGGUUGAAACUGCUGAACAACUGGCUGCAGAGCUACGGGAAGAGGACAUCCGGGACGAGGAAGGUGAUGACAGCGACCUGGCUUCUGCUACAGAGUAUAUCGAAGAGAAGACUGGUACUCUCAGCUUAUCCGAUGUUCUCAGUGUUGCAUCUUCGUUCAAGCCACCUAACCCAUGCAAUCCGUUCGAUCCACCCAUCAUGUCUACCCUUCUAUCACUCAUUCCGCCGGAUCAUGAUUUCCAUGACAUCAGACAGUAUGAAGCACAUCAACUGGACGCGCUUCAAAAGUUUGCCAAAAAGAAAUCACGACGCACCAGCGGGAACACGACAACUAGUCGCGCACUAGAGGACGCAGAGACAUUCCCGCUUAUCAUCUUAGACCGGCAUUUUGCCGUCAUCGACAAGUUGGGUGAAGGCGGUUUCGGUAGUGUUUUCGAAGCAAUCGAUCAAAACAUGGCCUCUCGCGAUGACGACAUGGACGAUGAGGAGGAGUCUGACGAAAGCACUAGAGUGGCAUUGAAAAUUGUAAAGCCUCGAAACCUCUGGGAGUUCCACGUUCUCCGACGAAUCCAUCGCACUCUUCCAGCCCAGCUGAGGCAGUCUAUAAUUUCACCGCAGGUUCUUUAUGCCUUCCGUGAUGAAAGCUUCCUUGUGCUUGAACUGUGUAAGCAAGGCACGCUGCUGGAUAUCGUGAAUCGUGCGAGCCAAGCAGGCAUCACGCAGCAGGGUGCUUGCUUAGACGAGCUUCUUGUCGUCUUCUUCACGAUAGAACUCAUGCGACUUUUGGAGGGCCUGCAUAGAGCAGGUUUCAUCCACGGCGACGUCAAGGUUGACAACUGUCUACUCCGACUUGAAGAUGUCCCUGGUCCAGCCUCCGCAUGGUCAAGUCUGUAUCAGCCAUCUGGGGAAGGUGGCUGGAGUCGCAAAGGCAUCAAGAUGAUUGACUUUGGACGUACCAUCGACACUAGGCUCUUCCCAGCCAGCCAGCAAUACAUCGCAGAGUGGCCUACGGACGCUCGCGACUGCAUUGAGAUACGGGAGAACAGAUCAUGGACAUACCAGACGGACUAUUUCGGUCUUGCGGGUAUCAUCUAUUGUAUGCUCUACGGGAAGUACAUUGAAGCAUCCUCCGUUAUUACUUCUCCUCCAACAGCCGAGAGACACCAACGAUACAAGCUGGCGACGCCCCUGAAAAGAUACUGGCAGGUUGAUUUGUGGACCAGGCUCUUCGAUCUAUUAUUAAACCCGUGCCUCAUUCGACCCGAUGGCCAGUUGCCCGUCUGUGACGAGCUAUUAGAGCUGCGUGUGGAGAUGGAGUCGUGGCUGCAGGCUAAUUGCAAUCGGGCCAGCAACAGUCUCAAGGGAUUGUUGAAGAAGAUUGGCAUUUACAUUCUUGGCGGAAAAGAUGGUCGAUAA